UCAGGGUAAGCAAAAAUGAAUGCUGUGCACGUAUCAUCUUGUCUCAGUGUCGUUUCGCUGCCACGUGGUAUUUCUUCCCCUUCGAACAUUAUUGCAUAUGGCAAGUUCACUCAGACAUCAGCGCGGCAGUAACUCCACAUAAGAUUGCUGUCAUCAAAACACGUACAACAAUGGGAUGUAUUCGCGUGUCGAUCCACGAAUGCGAAGUAUCUGUUGAAGACAACGAUCUGGACAUAAAAGGCCAUUUAUUGCGCGAAGCUGUCGGUUGUGUCGAGGUGACCAUCAAGAGCUUGGCGAGAACGACGAGAAGUGGCGCCGCCGGAGUCUCAGCAGAAGUUUAUUUGCCACAUGUAGCUACAUUAAUGCUGCGUCGUCAUGCGAACUUCCAUUUGCAUCCGGCAACCCGGAACAUCUCUGGUGGAUUUGGCCAUGCACGCAUGCCCUCGACCAUUGGGAGUUGUGAAAAUACAAACACGAAUCUAGUAUUCACACUCGUGGAUUCAGUGUCCAGAGAUACUGCUACUGCGGAAACGAAACACCCGGGCCAUCCUUACAGACACCACAGCCGGGAACCUCACGCGUACUCGUAUUUCAAGAAUACACUACUAUGGUCGCAAACACUAAUACCCGGUGUCAUCGCAUGCUAAAAAAAGGAAAAGGUGUCGAAUAAAACCAGUGGGAGGUGUGUUCCGCCACAAGUUGCCGCUGCACGAAUGCCAAACACGGUGAAGGCGAAAGUCAGUUCCUUCAGUAAAGCUCCGCUUUUCAUAAUAUGCGUCCUUUGUGUUUUGUUCUAUAUAUUUAUGUAUGAAAUAAAUGUUUCCUAGAAACUCGGCAGAACCAAAAUCAAAAGACGAACUCAGAUAGCAUCGACAAAAUAUAAGGUAACAGCGAACGUGCGAGACGAUGAGACAUCUCCUCUAUGAAUGACACUGUUCGUUCUCACGUUGUCCCGCCUGUAAUGGCAAAGACCAUUUUCAAGACUGUAGAAGAAACACUACGCUGGCCCUGUACAUCAAUGCGACCAGCCUUGCCUGUAACUAGCUCAACACGGCAGCAUGUUCAAAACUACCCUCUAUGCCACACGUCGCGAUCCAUUUCUUUGUAAGCGAAAAGUUCAGUUUUUGCCGGCAAACGCUUCAGUUAAGGGUGAAACAAAACGCUGAAAUGCGGCACUUGUGCGCUGUCGUUUGCACCAGCGUUCCGCAAUCAGUAGCACGGUACAACGUUACCCGAAUAAGUUGCUCAGUAACCCAUCCACCCCCCGAUAUUUUUAAUGGCGACAGUAGACGGUGAACCCAGGGCUCUCAUAUGUUCACUCCACGCUUCACUGUUUCCGCCAGAAACAAGUGCCUUCUGAGGCACUGACGUCCGCAAGCCACGCAGGUACGUUUCAUGAUAAAAGAAGCAAAACGCAAAGGAACAUCAUGGAAGAGGGUUACACACUGAAAUCGCGAUGCCACAACAUGUGUAAUACACCGUGUUGAUCCACCUGACAUCGAAAAAAAUUAUAGAAGAUAUAGAGAAAGAUAUUUCGACAUUCAGGCCACACACAGGGCCGAUAACAAACGCACGAUAUUGUCGCUUCCCAAUGUCACCCUUCAAUCGCAUCUGGCCCUCAACUGUUCUCUGCCUUGUCUGUACUCCCUGUCCUUCCGGUGAAGAUCUAACUUAAAAGGGCCGAAAAUGCGAAAACGGGAGUGCCCACGAAAGCAGUUACAAACCUGAUGAACUGGUUUGGGCCACACCGGUGUUUCACGCUGUAGCACACUAUGAAAUCGUCGAAUGCGGGGUAAUCCACUCUGCGUCGGGAUGUUCAGUUUCACCCUUAGAUCGUGGAACUACGGCAUAAAUACAGUCAGUGAAAGGUUUUUUGUUUUACAUGAACGGAGUUAAAUAUUAAAUUUGUCUUCGCUCCCAAGAUCUGUAGCAAGUCAACAUUGAAACAUAUUCAGCGUAAAGUUUAAACGUAAAUGCCACAUCGUCGAGUCUCUUCCGUGUGCGGGACCGAUCGACAAUGCAUUUUGCUGUGAAAUCGCUGGCUUCUCCAUAUGACUCCCCCCAUGGAUGCACCGUUGGAUGAGCCUUUAGAUUUCACAGAAAGGGAUCUACACGCAACAUACACACGGUUAUCCCAACCCUCGGACUUCUCGUGCGUUUAGGUCGUCCUACUAUUUGUCGCUCCGAGGCUUCGUUGCUACAUGGCUGCAACUCCACAAGGCGACUUCCCCGUGAACCGCGGAAAAUGAUACCACUAGCCGUUUCUGGCACGAGAAAAGCACACAGGGUAUGUUCGCAGAUAAGACGAUCUCGUUUCCCCCCAUCAAAAUACACCCACCUGGGUAUGAAGAGGCCCAAGACCAAAGGCGCAACAACUUGCAGCUAUGGCGCCGGUGUGUUUCGACACUCAGAUCAGCAGCGCACUGGAUUUCCAGUUUUCGUAUCUAUUCAGGAUUGAGUCCUGGUGUGCAUGGACUCAUAUCGAUAGUGGUGGUAGCUCCAUCACGAACAGUUCACUUGGACACCAGGUGCACGGGCUCCAGCCGUUACACCACACAGCGGCAACAUGGGUCCAUACAGCAGCGCAGUAGAUACUCUACUCUCGAGAACUGCGACAAUCUCUCAGAGAGAGAAAGAGAGUCGUCUGCAACAAGCCGCACUCCUGGCCCUUGCUUGAAUGAGUUAGAGAAUCAGCUCCUCAGAUAGACAACAGCGACAGGCUCCUGCAACGGAUGGUCUCCGCGAGAACGUUCUUGCCGCGCUCGGCUGGGUGGCCAAGUGCUGUGCUCUCCAUUGCUCUUCGGAUUCAACCGUGAUGCACAUCAUUUCACUCUACAGUGAAAUGGUGACCCCCUUGCACGGAAAAAAAGCCCUAACGGGAAGACUAUCCAAACGUUCCACUUUCCAUUUUGCUUUUCUGUGCAUUGAAUGCUAUAAAAAAGUUGAAUGAUGCGUCGCGCCACGUUAGCUUGCACUGACCGCGCCUUGACUUCCACGCGCUCGUCUG